UGUGCCUUUCGGACUCCCGCUGUACAUUCGUCACAAAAACACAUCCCCAAUUUAAAUACCACCCUGAAAAAUAAUAAAAAAAAAAAAAAACCAUCAAAGUUUCACUAUCAAAACUCAAAAGAAUUCCAAAACUGCAGUCAAACCGAAUUCCCAAAAAACCAAUUGACAAGUAAAAAAUUGAUAAUUCCCCGGAUAAUCGAAAGCACUCGCGGAAAUAAGAGGAAAAUUGCGGGAAAAAUUUUGAUGAGCCUAGUGUAUCCGAGUGUGAAAAGCUGCGAUAAAAAAAAAAUUACUUUUUGAUAAACCCGUGUAAAAAUGCACUCAAAUCCCCCACGUGCACACGUGCAGUAGCCCCCCUCGUCCCCCCAGUGACCCACCCCCCUCCGGUACAUGAGAGAACGAUGAUACCCUCGUGCAUCUGCUACGAAAAAUCCCGAAGAGCUCGAAACGACCACUACUACAGCAACUCCGACCUGAUCCACGACAAAUCAGCGACGGCAAUCCCAAUUACCAAAGAGUAAUGAUAAAAAAUCAAUGUCUCACCGCUGGAUGUCAAUCCUUCCCCCAAUCUAUCGACACUUAUUCGGUUUUGUCAAAUGAACGGGGAAAAUAAAUGCCCGAAUACCAAUGAGAUUGUCCAAGACUCAACAGACCACCAAAAGGUAGUUAAAUGAUAAUUAAACAAUUAAGAUGAACGAGCGAAGAUCAUCAAUCACCGAUGAAUUGAAAGCAACGAGUGACAAACAGCCAAGGACAAUCAAAUGUUUGCUAAGGUGAUGGGACUAACGUGUCAAUCCAUCAGCCUCAUCACCAUCACCAGCAAUCUACAUGAUAAUAUAAUAAAUCGAUAUUGUUAUUUAUUACUAAAACGUACGCGUCGUCCUCGUAUCCUCUUUAAUGAUGAGGAUAGGGGAGGACGCUGUGUAGCACUCAAAUUAUUUGAGGGUGUUGCAGUGCAGAUAAUGCGGGCUUCCUUCGUUAUCACGGGAUUUUUAAGCGGUUGGUGGUGUGCAUUAGCACUGGUACAACCGCUACCACCACCAACUAGACAAUUUAUCGAUGAUAUCGAUGUGCAAGAGGGUAAUAGUAAAUAUGUACAGCGUAAAAUAGACUACAGUUAUUACCAAGUGACACCAACCAGUGAUAAUCAAACUAGAAUUGUCAGAUCAACACGUGUCAAGGGUGAUUCGUUGAGGGAGAGACGAAAAAAUUGUCGGCGAAAAAAUGGGGGCAACUGCAGGGGUAGAAAUUGGUGUCCCGAUAUGGAUAUAUCGAAUCGGGCUUUUUUGUCACCAACUGUUUUUGAGGGAAAAGCGAGGAGCAUGUCAUCAUCAAGAACACCAGGAUCCAACUAUGCUGUCACAUUUGAAGUUAAACAAGUUUACAAGAGUCAGACUGGAUUUCAGCCGCUUAGAAAAAAUGACAGUGUCAGGCUUCACUUCAGGGAUAAAACAUCCAAAAGUUUGGGAAACAAAUCCUCUAUUUGUCGAAAUGAGAACAAUGGGAUGGUCCAGGAUGGACAGAGGGUUAGUUACGAGGCUAAUAGAGUCAUCGAUUAUUAUAAUCAGAGGAUCAUUAGGGCGGAUAUUAAAAGGGGAAAGGUGUAUCUUGUGUUUGUGAAUCGUGUGGGACCUAGAAACUUUACGAUUCUCGGGGAGCCUGUGCUACGGAGUAAGAAGAAUGAACAGGCGGUUCAGGCUGUUGUCAGACCCGAUUACGUUCGAGAAGUGACGUUGUCAGAGCUCAGGGAUUCAGUGGCGAAGACCCGGGAGAGGGUUAAACUCGUGUGUAGAACGAGGGGUUCACCACCUCCGCGUGUCCACUGGCUCAAGGACGGUGUACCACUUAAUCCACGUAGGGGACUAAAAAUUCAACACAAACGGCGAAGAUCGAAACUCGUCAUUAUUUCCGCACGACCUGAGGACAGCGGACGAUAUGAGUGCAUUGCACAAAGUAGUUCCGGUUAUCGGGCCUCUUUAGCGGCUCAACUUCUAGUCGUGCAUGAUGCGAAGAUUCCAGAUACCACAACAUCAGCAUGGCCUCGCCAGGAGCAACCGUGCCCCAUAGCCGGUGAUUUCUGCAUGAACGGGGGCACCUGUCUCUUCUUCGAGACCGUUGGCGAGCCAGCCUGCAGAUGUGCAGAGGGCUUUACGGGUCUACGAUGCGAGACCAAGGACGUGAUAAGUACCGGAAGUGUGUACAAUCGUCAUAGAGCGCCAUUCUCAUGCAAGUUGGGCCUAUCAACAUCGUAUUACUGCUAACGAAUGUGUCAUGGAACCCAAAUAUCGGUAUAAUUUACUUCACUUUGGCGUUCCCAUUGUUUCUUAACAAUUAUUUUCAAAUUUCGAAUAUCGCCUAGAUUAUUUUUCGAUCCGAGAGAGAUAUUUAUAAUUAGAUAAUUCUCCAUAAUUUCUGUAACACGAGUUAUUACCACUUUUUUUUAUUAAUCCCGAGAGAGUUGUCGUCGUUCCGUCAUCCGAUCCAUUGUUGUAAUGUUUUUCCGAGAGUGAGCAAUUGUUCACAGCAAUUAUUUUAUGUAUUUGAAGAGAGUUGACAGGAGGGGAGUGGUGAAACGAGAUUCCUUUAUUUUGCUUUCGAUUUUCUCGCGAUAUCUCGAAAUUGAGGGGAUACACAGAAAAUCUUGCUGGACCUUUUUUGCAGCUUGAAGUUUUUCCGACAAAAAAUUUAUUUCACGUUUUUUUCUAAAAUCACGCGUUGUCGAGAUAUUUAAAUUGUUAUCAGUGAAUAAAAAAAUUAUGGGAAGACCCACGACUCCGGGAUAGCCUCCGGUUUUUUGGAGAUAUCUUGGAAUAUACGGGGAAUAGAAUAAUUUUCAUGAGGAGCUUUUUUGUAGAGGAUGAAUUUUUCUAUAAAAAAUUCAUGACACAAAUUCCGCUAUCUCCCACGGUUUCCGAGAUAUUGAAAAAAAAAAAAAACAGCGAGCGUUUGCACAGAUUGCCUCACCUCUUGCCGUAAAACCUCAGACUCUAGGAAAAAAAACAAAAAAUAAAUCCCCCCAACCCCUUCCCUAUGUAUUUUUACUCCUCAUAAAGAAUAUUUCUCCAGAAAUAUGAAAUACCAAAGAAGUGUCUUCCAAUGAAACACUGCCGACUGCAAGCAAAUACGUAUUUAAGGUUGAUUGGACGAAAAUAACCCGCAAAUUAAUGAAUAAAUCGAUAAUAAAUAAAUCAGAAUAGCCCGCAUGACGACAUUUUCCACUAUCGAAGCUGAAUAAAAUGAGAAUAUUAUUUUUAAACGCCGGAUUUCGUCAGUCUCGAGAUUCUAUUUAUAAUUUAUAUAGUAUUCCCAAGUUGUUAUUACUUAUCGUCGUACGUUAUAUUUAAUUAUUCACAUGUAAAUACAUGUAUACAAACUUAACGGUUAAAUUUACACGAGAUAUCGAGUAACUAGGUUUUUAUUACUUUAAGCGACGAUGGGAAAUGAUUUUUCUUUCGUUGAAUUGGGGCAUCAGAUUGCCUUUAAUACUCAGAACCGAGAGAAUAUUUAAUUUAUUUAUUAAUUAACGAUGGAUUGGAGCUUUUGAGAAGAUUAUUACAUGAAUUUUGUGAGAUUAUUUGAGAUAUACUGUUUGGAGAAGAGGAAAAAAUUGAAAACGAUGAGAAAUCGCUUUAUAGCAAUAAAAAUUGCAAAUUAAAAAAUCAAUGUCCAACUCUAAAUGUCUUGUAGCUGGUAAGAUAAGAUGAGAAUGUAUUGAAACAAAUUUACAGCUUAAUGAUGAACAUAUUUCUUUAAUUCUGCCGUUUGUAAAAAAAUAAUUUAAUUAAAUUUGUUUCACAUCAGUAA